AUGAAGAGCAUGAAAACUUUGCAGAUGAGUUCAGAAAGCGACCACUUCCAGCAGGACUUCAUCUGCGAAGAAACAGGGCAAAAAAAGAGAAGAAAACAGGUACAUAUAGCAUGUAUCGUCUGUGCGAAAGCCAAGGCUGCAUGUAGCGAUACUCGCCCUUGCGCUAGAUGCGUCAGGCUAGCCAAGCAGGACCAGUGUGUGGACAGCGCAGACGUGCGGGCAAGAUGGUGGUCGGAGCGGUCGAGCGAGGAGCUGGCGGAGCUGCCGACGUCGACCAAGAGGUCGCGGGCAGCUCGGUCGGGCUUCGGGUGGCAGGACACGAGCUUCUUCAACUCCAGCCACUACCAGCUGCCCAAGAACGCAGGCGAGCUGCCAGCGCCGCCGGAGCUGCUGGUGGGGUUGGUGGCGGGAGUGGAGCCGACGGCAAGGGGGUGGGGCGGGAGGAGCUUGAUGGAGAGAGGCUACGGGAUGCCAGGGGUGGUGGGGAGUCUGGUGAUGCAGGAGGCUGUACGUGCAGGAGGAGCAGCGGGAUGGUACAGGAAGGAGCAGACGAGAGGCCUGGAGCUGACGAGCGGUCAGAGCGUCGCGGGGUGGGGGGUGGGCGGAGGAAUCUUGUCCAGGGCGACGCUCGCAGGGGGAGGGCGAGGAGAGAUGAUGGCGAGCUGGCGAGGAGAGCGAGAGGGACAGCGAUGGCAGGAGGAGCUGAGGCCGGGAGCAGAGGCGGGGCUGCUGUCACUGGGGAUGGUCGGUCGGUCGGGGUGGCCGCGAGGAGACGGGGAGGUAGGAGAGCAGGGGUUGAGCAGCGAGGCAGCGGAGAGGUUGCUGAGGCGAGGGAUGGAAGCGAUUGCAGCGGGGAGGGAGCAAGAGACGACGCUGAGGGCAGAGAUGGCUGGGGGAGAUCAGCCGGGAAGGAUACAGGGCGUGUUGGAUAAUUUGGCCGAUGAAGCUUCAAUGCUGAAACAAAAUGAAAUGUCUCAAUUCAAGGACAACGGGGAUGAUUCAUUUGAUGUGGACCUUUCAACCUGGCCAAGCUUGCCUCAAUUCUCAAAGUUCCUCUCCUGA